AUGCCUUCUUCGUCCACUCUUCUCACUCUGGCCACGGCCGUCUCGGCGGUCAACGCUGCCUACCAGGGCUUCAACUACGGCUCGACCUUUACCAGCGGUCAGCCCAAGGCCCAGACCGACUUCGAGGCCGAGUUCAAGACGGCCGCCGGCCUUGAUGGCACCAAUGGCGCCUUCACCAGUGCCCGUAUCUACACCAUGAUCCAGGGCGGCACCACCAACUCACCCAUCAGUGCCAUUCCCGCUGCCAUCAGCACCAAGACCAGUCUGCUGUUUGGUCUCUGGGCUUCUGCUGGUGACGCCGCUUUCGCCAACGAGAUUGCCGCUCUGAAGAGCACCAUUAGCCAGUACUGUGGUCAGCUGGACGGCCUGGUUGCCGGUAUCUCCGUUGGCAGCGAGGAUCUGUACCGGAUCACUCCCACCGGUGUUGCUUCCGAUGCCGGCCCCGGAGCCCAGCCCGGAACUCUGGUCAACUACAUCAACCAGGUCCGUGACACCAUCAAGGGCUCUUGUUUGAGCAAGGUGCCCGUUGGCCACGUCGACACCUGGAACGCCUGGGUGUUGGACUCCAACAAGCCUGUGAUUGACGCCUCCGACUGGCUCGGCAUGGACACCUACCCCUACUACGAGAACACCAACACCAACGCCAUCGCCAACGCAAAGUCUCUGUACGAGUCUGCCCUCACGAAGAUCCAAAACGCCGGCCCUGGCAAGGACGUCUGGGUUACCGAGACCGGCUGGCCCGUCAACGGUAAGAGCUCUGGCGACGCCGUGGCCUCUGUGAGUAACGCUCAGGAGUACUGGCAGCAGGUUGGCUGCCCCAACUUUGGCAAGACCAACGUCUGGUGGUACACUCUUCAGGAUGCCGAGCCUAGUGCGCCCAACCCCAGCUUUGGCCUCAUUGGCAGCUCCUUGACCGAGAAGCCCCUGUUUGAUCUUUCUUGCGCCAAUGUCGACACCAACCCCACGAACCCGACCUCUUCUUCGGCCCCCAGCAAGCCUGCUAGUUCCUCUGCUGCUGCCUCUUCUUCUGCGGGUUCUUCCUCUUCCUCAUCAUCUUCAUCUUCUUCUUCUUCCGGCUCUGGUUCCAGCUCUAGCUCUAGCUCUAGCUCCGGCUCUGAUUCUACUAGCACCUCAGAGUCCCAGACUACUGGGUCUUCAGACUCUCAGACCACCGCCUCAGAGCCUCAGACUACCGGUUCCUCUGGCUCUUCUGGCUCUUCUGGCUCCUCUGGCUCCUCUGGCUCUCAGACUACUGGUUCCGAGCCUCAAACUACCGGUUCUUCAGGCUCCUCCACUCCUGGCGGCGCUGGUGCCGGUGGUGUUCCUCCCGCCUCUUCUACCUUUGCCUCUGUGCCUUUCCCCACUGCUAACAGCACCGUCUCUACUGGUGGCUCUCCUACCGGCUCUGGAUCCGGCAGCAGCCCCUCUGCUCCCUCGUCUACUGCCCCUGGAAACAGUGGUAACAAGCUGGGCUCUUUCGGAGCUGCCGCUGCCGCUGUUGCCAUGGCUGCUAUUGCUCUGUAA